UGAACGUGUCGCCCAACUUUUUCGAACUAUCUCAUGUCGAGUCGAAUCUUUAACAAAUUUUCGAUAUCAGACAUUUUUGGAAUCCUGCAUCAUAUCAGUACCUAUUCCAAAUUGAACUUUUCUACAUCAUCCAAUAAUAUAUCUUUUGAACUCCUCAGUGCUGUACUUUCUUCUUCCUCGAACAAAGCUAGGUCAUACCCGAAACCUCCUUGGGCGGCGACGGCGGUCCAGCUGGCUACCAACUGUGGCAAUGAUAAGUAGCAGCCGCCACAGCAUCUUUUUCAUUACUUAUUUUUUUAAUUAUAAGUAAAUUACAAGCACUCCGCUAAACUCUGAGGUGAAUGUCGGUCGACACGUCCACAUGCACUGGCCAACGUGGACAAGCCGAAAGUCGGUCGACAAAGUGUGGACACAGCUUAAUAAUCACUUAUUAUAAUCACACUUACAAGUGAUUACUGAGCUUAAAAUCAGCCAGUUUGUUUGUUCUAUGUAAAAAUAUAAUCCAUCAUUUCAUUAUCAAUUAAAUUACAUUAUUUAUUUAAAAUUAUAUUGAUACAAUUUAUUUGACAAGAUUAAAAAAUCGUAUUAUCGCUUAUCAUCAUAAAAACUUCAUAAAUAUCGAAAUAAUUUCGGAUACAUCAAUGUUUAUCUAUAUGAUAGCAAAUUUGUUGUGGUACAUAAAUAAGUAGGAACUCUUAUUAGAAAUUCCGUUGUAUGUAAUUGGAAUGUUCGAAUAUUAAAGAAGUUCACGUAUUUAAGUUUCACUUUGUGAUUUGAAUGGGAGAGGAGAGACUCUAAUAAGUUACAAUGUUAUCUGCAUUAAGAUCUUCAGUUAACCGAACAAUCAGUAAAUCAUUUUCAACUACAUUAAUAAAUACAAAAGAACCAUUAAUAGAUCCAACACAAGCAGCAUUGUUAAAUGAAAAAUGUUUCCUGGUAGAUACAAAUGAUAAUAUUAUUGGACAAGCUAAUAAGAAAGAAUGCCACUUAGUACAACCAAAUGGAGACAUUCCUUUACACAGGGCAUUUAGUGUUUUUCUGUUUAACAAGAGAGGAGAUUUACUUUUACAAAAGAGGUCAUCACAUAAGGUAACUUACGCCAAUACUUAUACCAACUCUUGCUGUAGUCAUCCGAUAGCAGAUUAUCCAGAAGAAGCGGAAAACGUCAUCGGAACUAAAAAAGCAGCCAUCCGCAGAUUAAAUUACGAACUAGGUAUUCCAAAGGAACAAUUGCAUUUAGAUCAGCUCCAAUACAUGACUAGGAUACUAUACAAAGACGAAGGAGAUGGCGUUUGGGGAGAACACGAAUUAGAUUACGUAUUCAUUCUACAAAGCGAUUUGAAAAUCAAACCUAAUUCAAACGAAAUAUCUGAAAUUAGUUAUGUACCUAGAGCGGAAUUAGAUUUUUUUCUUAAGGAAAUGAGGGAUCCUUUUACUCCUUGGUUUAUGAUUAUUUUGAAACAUAGAUUGAGACUUUGGUGGGAUAAUUUGGAUCGUCUCGAAGAUUUCGCUGACCACGACAAGAUAUAUCACUUUAAAAAGUGAAUGCAUUUUACUUUGUGCCCUUGUAUAUUAAGAUUUAUAUAUUAAAAAAGUUAAGUGAGACUAAA